GCAAGUUGUGGAAAGCAGAGAUAAAUUGAUGCAGCGAGUGAUGACAGACUGAGAGCUUGAGGAUGGAGAUGUGGAGAGGGAGUGGAGGGUGGAGGGAGGGCGGCUAAAUGAAGCCUGAGGGAGAUGAAACGGAUUCAGAGAAAGAAAGCAGUCUGUGAUUAAACUCAACAGUUUCUCAGCAGCAGGCGAACAGCGUCGCCUCCUCCCUUUUCCUCUUCCUGCUCCUCCAUCCGUCCGUCCCUUCCCAUCCUCCUCCGUUCCUCUUCUCCAUGCCGGCGGAGAUCUCCGCGGGGCUGCCAUGGCGAAGAUCCGGGUGUCGUACGAGUAUUCCGAGGCCGAGGACAAGAGUAUCCGACUGGGCUUAUUCCUGAUCGCCUGCGGGAUCCUCAGCCUCUUCAUCCUGGGCUUCUGCUGGCUCAGCCCGACGCUGCAUAGCCUCCAGAGCAAACCGGCCAACUGCACGGUGGUGUCGGUGUUGCAUCCCGAGGAGAUGUUUGAGUGUGUUUUUACAUGUGGAGCAGACUGUAAGGGGACAUCCCUGUAUCCCUGCCUCCAGAUCUUUGUCAACAACUCGGAGUCCAACUCUGUGGCGCUGCUGCACUUCGACGAACAGCAGCUGGUCCUCAAUCCAAAGUGCUCGUACGUCCCCCCCUGUGAGAGGGACAACCAGAAGAACAAAGACAGUGUUCUUUGGUGGGAAGAUUAUUUCACCAAAGAGGUCAGCAAUCAGUCUUUCACCUGUUUCUUCAACCAACAGAGGAGGCCGGAUGAUGUGCUUUGGCACCGUUCCCAUGACGCCAGCAUCUUGUUGCACUGUGUCCUCUGGCCAAUGGUGUCUCUCCUACUGGGCACGCUCAUUGUGCUCCUGACGGUGUGUGCUCGCUCUCUGGCUGUUCGAGCCGAAGCCCUACAGAAGAGGAAAUGUUCCUACGAAGUGUGCCAGGACCUGUCGGCCUCAGAUCGCCUUGGCAACAAAGCCAGAGACCCCCUGACAACGAACUCUGACCCUGAACUGUCGUCACCCACAAGGACUCUGCCACUGUUUGCAGUGCCGGUGCGGCGGCGUGAUCGUGAACACUGAGAAAAAUCAGAAAUCUGUUUACACAACAUGGAAUUACUUUAGAUUUAAAUCAUGGAUCCCACAAACAACCCGCUGCUGGGUGGAGGUCUUAUAUGGUCUUCAGCAGAACAGAAAUGCAGUGAAGAUGAGGGUAAACCCAUCCUGUUGCCUU